AAAUAAUUGAGUCAUUGCUGGAGUUCUUGGUCUUCUCUUGAGCGCCCCGACAUCACAAUGGCUUCAACAGCAAAUACCCCAACUCCACUGUGGCUGGACUGUGAUCCGGGUCACGAUGACGCCUUCGCCAUCCUUCUCGCUGCGCAUCAUCCCUCAUUGAAGCUUCUCGGUAUCACCACUAUCCAUGGCAAUUCCUCGCUAGACAAUACCACGGUCAACGCUACCAGGGUUUUGGAAGCUAUCGGCCGCUCGGAUAUCCCUGUUUACCCCGGAACCAAGAAGCCCUUCUGUCGCCCUGCUGUUCAUGCGCCCAAUAUUCAUGGCGAUUCCGGUAUCGAUGGAACCGAGCUUCUCCCCAAGGCCACCACGUCUCCCAUCACCGAUAAAAACCCCAUCCUUGCCAUGCGCGAUGCUCUUCUGGCCGAGCCUAAGGGAACACCCUGGGUCAUUGCUACCGGCACACUGACCAACGUCGCCCUUCUUUUCGCUACUUUCCCGGAAGUGGUGGACCACAUCCAGGGGCUGAGCAUCAUGGGAGGAGCGGUUGGCAAUGGGUUUACUGAUGUUCCUGUGAGUAGAAUUGCGGGGCAGCAGGACCGGAUCGGCAACGUGACACCUUUCGCCGAGUUUAACAUUUACUGCGAUCCCGAGUCCUCUCAGUCCAUCUUCAGCAACGCCGUUCUGUCAUCCAAGACGUACUUGAUCUCGCUCGACCUGACUCACCAGGUCCUGGCCAACGAAAAGGUGCGGAACCUCCUCCGUCACGGCGGGGAUGAUGCCUCCGUUCAGCCCUCGACCCUUCGACAAAUGCUCUAUGAGCUCCUCAUCUUCUUUGCCUCCACUUACGAAAACGUGUUUGGACUGGCCUCGGGCCCACCCUUGCACGACCCCCUUGCCGUGGCCAUCAUCUUGUCGACCUUGAACCCCCUCUACUCCAAGCAUCACCCGGAGGCUCUGAAAUUCGAUGACCGCAAUGGAGAGCGUUUCGCUGUCAACGUGGUGACCAACGGUCUUCAUUCAAAAGACAUGGAGCUGGUUGGUCAUCUGGGUCAGACCGUUACUAAGCCUGCGCCGAACGCGGUUUGCAUUCCCCGAGGCGUCGAUCUCGAUGCUUUCUGGAACUUGAUCAACGAUUGUCUCAAACGUGCCGAUGAGCUGAACGCUGCACGGAAGGCGUAAUCCGACAACGUAGACUAUCCGCUUGAUUUAAUAUGCGGCUUUAGGAUAUAGACGAAAAUAGAGAUUCUGG